AUGGCGGUUAGUGUUCGUGUUGAAGAUUACGCUAAGAACGAUUUUCCCUAUUUUUCCUCGUCUUUGGAAAUGGGGUACUUCUCUAGACUUGGAGAUGAGGAAAUUGAACUUUCUAAAAGGAACUUAAGGAUUUAUGUGUCCCAGACAGCACAGUAUGGAAGGACGAUCGACUUAGACAAAGGCCAUGAGCAGUUCGUCAGCCACGAUUGCUCCUACUCGAAAUGGAUACCUCUCUUGAAAUGGAUACAGUUGGUCCGAGAUAAGAAUAAGAGCAGUGGAGAACCAUAUGAUUUGAAAAGCUGUGUCAACGGCUCCGACUUUGUCUGCUCGCGAGGCUUGCUGAGUCGAAUUGCCAGUUCCCCUUAUGAGCGAACCCAGAAGUUGCUCGAGGAACGGUCGAUGUCUGAGCGCGAGCGUUGCUUGUCCUACUGGGGCAGCUCGUUCGAAACUCAGGUCACAGGCACGAACGACGGCAGUGCGAGCGAUCAUUCGUCGCAACCGGUGCAGACCGGUGAGCAGCACUGUUCGGUCAUCAGCACUCAGUUGGACACCAACCGAUUGCUGUACGGCUGUGAGGUGGACUGCGUCGACCGAGACUCACACAAAUACGUCGAAUUGAAGUGCUUCCUAGGCGGGAUCAGAACCAUUGUCUGUGGUUAUCGGUCCGAGCAGGGCAUCAUCCAGACCAUCAAGACGAUCCCGGUCGAUGACCUUCCUCGACUGGCCCGUCAGUGUUGGUGA